UAGUCUUACUACUUUUAAACGCUCUAACUAAUCUCAGAAAAUAAUUCCUCAAACAAAUGUUUUAUUGGACGGGCUAUCUUAACAAGACACGUGCGUCUGCUUGAUACUGAGUUAUAACCGCUGUUGCUUUUAGCGCCGCUGAAAGGCUAGCCAGUUAGCAUUAGCGUUUGAACAGCGUGUGGUUGCUAAGGCAACCACCGUGUUCAUGUAGCAGAGCAGCUAGCUGUUAGCAGAAAGAUUCUGGGUGCUCGAACGUCAGAAAGAUACACAGAAAGGUAUCUUUUAUAAAAUACUCCAGCUCAGCGGUUACGUUGACAUAAGUUGUAUAUCUGAGACUUAAAUGGAUAAUUAUUUGCGGUUUACGUACACGUUAAAAAGUUUGAAUUAGCUUCAACGUACCAGUGUUUUCAGAGAAAAGAAUAGACUGGGGAGAGUUCGUCAUAUAUCCUCGAUUUCGAUGCAAUAAACAAGGGCUGCAGACUCAGGUUACGCUCCAUCUGAUGGCGUUCUGCCUGGCUGAGCUCCACUUGUGGUCCACCAAGAGCUCGCUCCAAGUUAAAGAUACAGAUAUUGGCACCUAUCAGUACUACGAUAAAGGAGAGCCAGCUCAUUCCCUGGAGCAUCACUACUACAGUGACAAACUCCACUUCUGUCAGGCUCGAGGCUAUCCAUGGACCCCCAGGAACCAUCGACCAGAAAAGCUAUGCGAUUCGCUGAAGGAGUUGGAGGAGCUGCUGCAGACCAACUCCUGCAUUCACACCAGAUGGAGAAACAAGUACUGUUGCCAGCUGCUGCUGAGCAAUGGAGUUCUGGUGACUCUGGCUCUAAACGGGCCUCACCUCAAGCAAGUCUGCAUAGAUCACACCUUAGUGGGUCGACUGCCUGGAAACACUGUGACUGAUGCGGUUCUGAGCAAUGGUCUGAUUCUGCUGUCCUUCCUGGAGCGAGGCCAAGUUGCUGCAGUGUACCUGAACAAAAGGAACCAGGAUUCUCUGAAGACGGGCAGGCGGACAGACAAGCUGUCUCCCUCUGAAAUCAAGGUGGCAUGUGUAGAAGUGGGCAAGGCAAGUCAGAGGCUCCGCAGGCGUGUGGGUCUGAACCGUCUCCAGGAUGUGGCGCUCUGCUGGUGGAACCUGGACGAACACAGCGAGGAGCCAUGGAUGCUGACAGACACACAAAGAAACAACCUCUUCCUGAUUAGCUGCUCGCCUACCGAAGGCCUCAAGAUCCUCUGCUCUGUCCGGACCGAAGGCAACCCUCUGGACUGCUGCUUCAGCCAGCUCCAGCACUACCAGAUGCUGAUGGUGGAAUUACCUGCUGGACCUCAGGGGUUCAGAGACGGCACCUGCGCUAACGCCUGUGUGUAUGAAUGUGUACGAGGACGACUGCACCGGUUAUCCGUCGUCAGCAUCCCUCUACCAUCACAUCCUCUCUGCUGUUCCCGCCACCCCUCCGAGUCCAUACUCCUCCUGGGCCUAAGCGACUCCUCCUUAGUACUUUUUGACCAAAGACGGGGGGUCUCGCUGAUGGCACCCUGCCCUGUGCCACCCACUUACAUGGGCUGGCACCCUGCAGGGGCUGUUGCCAUAGUAGCAGGAGGACAGAAGGAACUGAUGUGCUUUGAUGUGGGCUUGGCACCUCUAAACAUGUCCCUGGUAGCAGAAGAGAUGGCUCCAGCAGCCACCUUGAGACUAACUCAGCACCUGCACUGCUCUGGAGAUCUGGUUGGACUGAAAUGGGGGACUGGUUUGGAUGGAGGCCCAGAAGGGACAAACAUGAUUGCAUUAGUCUUCAAUGGGGGACCACUAGCUGCCUUAAGAUUAAGAUUAGGAGCUCUUACAGGAGGCCAGUUGGGUCUGGGUGAGCUGCUGCAGCAGAGGCUGCGCUGUGGGCAGGUCAGAGAGGCUCUGGGCAUCCUGGAGGCCAUGGACUGGAGCACCAUGAGGGAUGAGUGCUACCAAGGCCUGAGCUCAAUCAUGAACCACCUGCUGAGGCAGCAACUGAACGCACAGAGAGAGGCCCAGCUGGAAGCAGCUCUGGGUGUGUUUUACGCCCCGUCUGCUCCUCUCUCUGAUACAGUGAUAUUGGAGUACAGGGAGCCCGUCAGCAAGUACGCUCGCCGCUUUUUUCACCACCUCCUCAGGUAACACCACUUUCUGCACGCUGUUGAUGCACUGUGAGAGAAAUGUGCUUCGUGAGUGCACCUCAGGGGGUCCAGGUCAGCUGGUUGGGAGCACUCCUGGAACUAAAACAGUCAGACUGAAGUAGAGGCAUGGAAAAUGUAUUUUUAACGCACAGGAAUAUACAGUUAGUUCCGUUUAUCAAUGUGAAGUGGAUCAUUUGGGUGAAAACUGUCCCCAAAAACAACAACAACCUGACAUCCAUCGAAAAAUCAAUUUAGCGCCGCUUAUUUCCCUCUCACUCUUGCUAUUUUCAAUGUUCUAAAAAGGAAAUAUGAUUUGGAUUUCACGCUGAUGCAGCUUUGAGCCAUUCAUGAGGCAAAGCACCACACAUAGACCUGUUUAGACAGUUGUUUCAUUUUCCCUUCUGCCAUGAGAGCCUUUUUGAAAGGCCUGUUUAACUGAAAUAGACUCUGUUGUUUCUUCACACUGCUGCUUGAUGCUCUCCAUCCACCAUUUACUUUCCCUUUUCCUCCUCUGUUCCUGAGCUGGAGCCUUGUUUAGCUUCCCUCCUCCUCCUCUUAUCGCCUACCUGCAUUCUUUUUCUCUCCAUCAACAUCAAAUAAAGAAAUCCCCCCCACACACACACCUCCCGUUUCUGCUUGUUUAUUUGUUUCAUGUUGGUUGCAGACAGGAAAACUUGUUUUGUGCCGGGAGAUUCAGCUUUCAUUUCUGAUAUUAAGGGAAGUGCUCACCGUUUACCACUCAUUUAUCGCCACAGAGGUUUUCUUUGUUUGUGCGUAAACCAAAGCCAGCAGGAAAUGUCAUAUCUACACACGUUAAUCCAUGUUUGCUUUAAAGCUGCUGUAGCAAAUGUGGAAAACAUUUUUUAUUCCACUUAACAACGUUGUAACAUAGUAUAGCUAUAAAUACAUUGUGGAGAUUAAAAAAAAGAUUUAAAAAUUGUUCUCUCACAUUUAUCCUACGCCAAUAACACAUUUCAGACCACAAGCAACUAUUGAACCAGUUGUUGGUCUUGUCGAACCACCACAUUUGCCUGGGUCCUCCAUCCAUAACCCACUUGCGUAUUUAGCAACAGAACACCACCAGUGUGUGAGGUUCACGGCUCAAUAAUACGAGGGGAAGAAGAACAGCUGCUAUCACUUACACUUUAGGGCAAACUACCAGAGUCCCAAAAGUCCUU